UAUCAGUUAAGCGGAAUCUGCGAGCGGAGACGCCGUGCUGUCAAUGUGGAUUGAGUAGUAGUCGGUACCUGCACCGUUUAGUUAGUCUGCGUUGUCUGGCAAGCUGGUGAUUCAUAAUGGCAACGAUGAUCUGGAUUACGAAAUUGCUGUUCCUUGCCACUAUUGCGUUGGGAAUAGAAGAUGCUACCGUUACACCGAAUGUGAUAGCGGACAACUGCAUAGUUGAGGGGUGCCCGCGCUUCAACCCGUCCUGCGUGCUUCACACCGGCGCCCGCGGGAAAGGGCCUCUCUUUUUCCUCAUGAUAUCAGACGAAGAUUUGGUGGAAUAUUAUGCUAGCAGGAAUCCUGCUCUAGCUGCUCACCUCACCCCUCCUCGAGCAGAUGAUGCAUCAACUCCACGUCCAAUAGCUCAUGAACACGAGUUUUCAACGACGCCAGUGUCUACAUUAUCUUCAACCACUUCUCAAUCGUCAGUCAACAAUGCCCAUGAUCCUUCAUCGUUAUAUUCUCUUCUUAGAGAAUUCUUGACUACGCCUCCUCCUCCUCCUCCUAGAUCUGACACUUAUUCUACUCCUCGAUCUGCCACUUCUGCCACUUAUUCUACUCCUCGAUCUGCCCCUUAUUCUACUCCUCGAUCUGCCACUUAUUCUACUCCUCGAUCUGCCACUUAUUCUACUCCUCGAUCUGCCACUUAUUCUACUCCUCGAUCUGCCACUUAUUCUACUCCUCGAUCUGCCACUUCUGCGUCUCCGUCAAGAUCCUCGUUCUCUACCCCUAUUCAGACAACUCCGUCGCCUCUUUCAGAGUCUCGUUCCUCAACUUCCCCUUCACCGCCUCCAAUUCUUCGAUCCAUCACUUCUCCGCCUCCUCCACCGACGUCCUCGCUCUCCCCUCACCAUAGUCAGACCACUACAUCUCCUCUUCCCGCGGCUUCAUUAACUUCACCUUCUCCCCCCACUACUUCACCUAGACGACUCCUAGAUGUAGAUGACGAAGACGGUGAAAUAACUACCGAACCUAAUGAAGUACUCCAAGCUGAAGUUGGAUCUUCGACUCGGAACCCUGUUGAAGAUUUGUCAGGCUUUUUCUUGGUAUUGGCAUCAAGGAGUGGCAAACGGCACGCACUUGAAUUGCCCUACAUUCCCCUAGAGAGAAAUGAUGGCGUGGACCACCAAAAAGAUAGUGACUAUAGAGUAGAAUCUUCUUCACCAUCUUACAACGUUGGAUCAAGUCCCCGGAAGCCCAAUGCACGUGCUAGGCAAAGAAAUGACAGAAAAGGUAAUAAAAAAGGUUACAGCGCUGAGCAUCUUCACCUUACACCGGGAUUCGACGAAUUAAUUGUAAUCCCUGGUGCCGAAGAAUUUCAAAACUAUGACGACAAAUUUGUCGACUACACAUACGAGGAUGAGGACGGCAAUAUUAGCAUAAACAGAUAUGUAUACACGUCUUCGUGCUACCCAAAGACCUGCUCGAAUGGUAUAAAAUUUUACCCGCACCCGAAACAUUGCAAUUCUUAUUUCGUAUGUGAAGAUGACGGAAACGUCACUCGCGUCGUCUGCCCUCGAGAUACAAUGUUUAACCACAAAUUGGGCAAGUGUGAAAGAACAGAUAUCAACUCUGAAACUCUGUGCGAUCCUACGCUUGAGUGCUCGUAGCCCAUGUCUGCGUUAAUUGUGAGCUUUUCAUUAAACGAGAUUAAAUUGGA